AUGUCACAACACGAGAAGUAUUUGAGUGAUCUUGCUGAAUCCUUUGUUAUGAAACCAAGGGUUGCAUUUGCCAAAAGAUUUAAUACAAUUUCUUUCAAAAUUCUCCUUCGUCUUGAGAGUGAGCUACUUGAGAUUGAAAGCCGUGGAUUUCAGGAUAUGCCAGGCGAUGCGACAUCCACUAGUCUCGGCUCUCCCACGAGUUCUCAACCAUCGUCGACAGGCCCAACACGUCAAGCUGGGGGCAGUGGAGAACAGUUAGCAACAUUUGAUGAAGUGCGCAAGAAGAUGGAAACGUACCAAGACUUUCUUCUUCGGUUUAUCAAGCUAUACAGCUUAAAACCUAUGGACUACGUCGACCGUAACGCACUCCACCAUCAUUUAGCCAAUUUACGUGUAUCUGAGAUAGCUCCCGACACCUGGUCGGACACCAAUGACCUCGUUGGUGUCUGUACCACUCACCUCCCAAAACGAGACCGGUUUACCGAAAUGCUAAUAAAGGCUCUGUCUUGGAUUAUAAGUCAACCGCUUGUCGACAAAUUGUUGAAAGGUGAUGACGACAACGUUUACGCAAAUGAAGAGACGAUCGCAUCAUGUAUUGUUGUUUUCAAUGUUUGCAUUGCUUCACUCAUCAAUAUGAUGGCCUUGUUUGUUCUCUACGCGAUUCACUCGACCUUGGCGAAAAUAGGCACAAUUUGCGCCUUUUCCAUGCUCUUUAUGCUGUCUGGUCUGUUUUUCACCGGGGCUGAUCCUAUCAUGGUCUAUAGUUCCACUGCUGCGUAUUCGGCCGUCCUUGUUGUGUUCAUUGGCAAUGUCAACUGA